CGAAGAAGAAGAGAGACGGGAGGGAAGUUUGACAGUAGUCAACAGAAAACUGUAAAUGUUUUAGAUCAUAAACUUUCUUCAUUUGUGAAUAACUUCUGAAUAACUUCACUCGAGACCAAACACAAGCGUCAAUGAGUGCAGAGCAGUCAAGGGGAGGGAAUCGAGGACGGGGAGGAGGUGGUAGUGGAUGGAGGAGUGGAAAUCGAGGCUGGAGAGGAGGUGGAGGAGGAGGAGGAUGGAGAGGAGGGAGAGGAGGAGGAGGCUCAUCUGGAGGAUGGAGAGGUGGUGGUAGUAGAGGAGGAUUGAUAGGCCCAACUGUCGGCACUCAAAGACUCCCCGUCCAGACUACUCUCGAUGCUUUGUGUCCUUACAAAGGAUGGACACUCUACUUCACUGAAGGGUUCAUAGAGAGUGCACCCAGUGUGGUGAAAAUCAAAGUGUUUGAGACAUAUUUUACUUCGAGGAUUCACCUGUUUGACAAGGAUGAGAUUGAGCGUCAGGGUAGUGUGCUGGUGGAUUACAUAGACCUGAUUGGAGACAAAAUUGUACGUCAAGCCCUUCCUGACAUAAUGACAGACCUGAAGGAGCAGCCGGAGGUGAUGCUCAAUUGUUUGGGGGUGGCCAUUCAUCAGGUGUUGACAACAGAUUUGGAGAAGCAAGCUGCAGAGCUGCAGGAGGAAGAACUUCCUGUUGAUACACCAAUCAUCAACAUCCCUCAUAUCAGUGCAAGGCUGUACAACUAUGAACCACUGACUCCGCUGCGGACGCUGCGUGCCAGUGUGUUUGGCCGGCUGGUCUGUGUGAAGGGAACGGUGGUGAGAGUGAGCAACAUCAAACCUCUGUGCACCAGGAUGGCCUUCAGGUGCCAGUCCUGCACCAAUACACUAUCUCUGCCACUGCAGCAUGGGAAAUAUGCCACUCCCACCAAGUGUAUCCAGCCUGGAUGUCGCAGUCAUUCCUUCACCCCCAUCCGCAGCUCCCCUCUCACGCACACUGUAGACUGGCAGAUCAUCAAGGUGCAGGAGGUGAUGGGUGGAGAGCAGAGGGAGACUGGACGAAUCCCACGCACCGUUGAGUGUCACCUGACCGCCGACCUCUGUGACAGCUGUGUCCCUGGAGACACAGUUACUGUGACGGGGAUAGUCAGAGUUAUCAACGAUGGCGUUCCCAGAGGAAAUAAGGAUCAGUGCAUGUUUCUCCUCUACAUUGAUGCUACCUCAGUCAGCAACACUAAAGGCCAGUUGUCCAAGACUGGAGGAAAAGGGUCAAGAGAGUCACUUGAAGAUCGUUCAGGGGGGGAGGAGUACAGUCUGAAGGAGCUGUAUGCCAUCCAGGAGAUCCAGUCCCAGCCUGACCUGCUCAGGCUUAUUGUACACUCUAUGUGUCCUGCCAUCUACGGCCAUCUGUUGGUGAAAGCUGGCCUUGCUUUGGUGUUGUUUGGCGGCAGACAGAAGCUCACGGGCAAGAACACGGUUCCAGUGAGAGGUGACCCACAUAUCCUGAUAGUGGGAGACCCCGGGUUGGGAAAGAGUCAGAUGUUGCAGGCAGUGUGUAAUGUGGCUCCCAGAGGAAUUUAUGUAUGUGGAAAUAGUACCAGUACCACAGGGCUAACGGUGAGGUUGUCCCGAGACGCAGGAACGGGGGAUUAUGCUCUGGAGGCCGGAGCUUUGGUGUUGGCUGAUCAAGGUCUGUGUUGCAUUGAUGAGUUUGAUAAGUUGGGUAGCCAACAGCAGGCUCUGUUGGAAGCCAUGGAGCAGCAGUCUGUAAGUCUGGCUAAGGCUGGGAUAGUCUCCUCUCUGCCUGCCAGAACAUCCGUUGUGGCAGCUGCAAACCCCAUUGGAGGACAUUACAACAGAGCCAAGACCGUCUCUGAGAACCUGAAAAUGGGUUCAGCACUUCUCUCCCGCUUUGAUGUCGUCUUCCUCCUACUGGACAUCCCAGAUGAGUCCCAUGACCGCCGCCUGUCAGAGCACGUCAUGGCCACCAGGGCAGGGAAAGGCAGAGCCAGCAGCUCCAUCGUCACCAGGACCAGUAAUCAAUUAGAGACUUCCAUCCUGCUGCAACAUUCAAACAUGCCGUUGUCUGAGCGUUUGCAGAUCCCUGCAGGUGAAAGUUUGGACGUGAUCCCGGCAUGCUUGUUAAGGAAGUACAUCAGCUACGCUCGUCAGUAUGUUCAUCCCACGCUCUCUCCCGAGGCGGCACUGACCCUUCAGGACUUCUAUCUGUCACUGAGAUCUCAGGCGAACUCUGCAGACGCUACGCCCAUCACCACACGGCAGCUGGAGUCUUUAAUUCGACUUACAGAGGCAAGAGCCAAGUUAGAGCUCAGAGAAACGGCUACAAAAAGCGAUGCUGAGGAUGUUGUGGAGAUCAUGAAACACAGCUUGGCUGACACGUAUUCAGAUGGUCUGGGCAAUCUGGACUUUGAGCGCUCUCAGCUUGGAUCUGGCAUGAGUCAGCGCAGUGCUGCAAAGAGACUUGUUAAUGCCCUGCAUGUGCACGCUCAGAGGACCACUCAGAAGGAGUUUGAUCUACACACACUUCGAUCUGUGGCUGAUAAAAUGAACAUCAAGGUUAUGGAUUUUCAAGGUCUCUUGAGUUCCCUGAACGAACAGGGUUUCCUGCUGAAGAAAGGGCCAAAGCUGUAUCAGCUGCAGACUGUCUGACCACAGACAACCACAAAACACUUAUACAGAGAGAUUUAGACACAAGGUCAGUGCUUGGGGUGACAUGUUUGGUUCAUUUUCUUCAAACAUUUAACAACUCUGCAGGGGGUUACUGUUUACAUGUGUAUGUAUAUGUAUGUUAGUAUAUACACAUUCAUAUACUUCCUGCAGGUCUACAAACCAACCAGAAAGGAAAAGCUAAUCUAAAUAAGACAUGUGGCAAAUGUAACUCAGUCUCUUACCACUUCAGCACUCAUUUUGAUAAAUAUGCAAUGAUAGAUUAAUGCCGUCUUCAAUGUUUAUGCAAUUUUAUAACCAUAAUUACAUGGUAAAUCGAACUGUACCCAAAUUGUUAAAUACUUUAAAAGUGAUUAUAAAUAGUGUUGGGAGUUGCACAUGUUCCAUUUAGACAGGUGAUUUUGUAAUACAAACAAAUUUACCAGUUUCGAGGAAUAUAUUUAUGUAAAUAAAAUGAGGUGUAUGUUUAUGUAUAUAUGUAAAGUAUUAAGUGGUUUUGAACUACAUAAUUGGAAUAGUUUUUAUUUCCAAAUAUACAGUUUCUUUGGCAUUUUUACAUUUUCUUAUUUUUUACCAGCUGAAACUUGGACACUUUGAUUAAAUCUAUACUCAUAUUUAUUAACAUCCUGUUUUUUGUAGUAUGACACUGCCUAUACAUCCCUUCUAAAUUGCAUAACUUAGUUUAAAAUGUUGAUUUCGAUCAGCUAUUUGUCCAGUAGUUUGAUGAAGAUAGUGUUAUCUCUUUGCUCCUUUGUUCAUUAGCAUUCUGUAUAUCAUUUAAUAGCUGAGUCUGUAUAGUGUACAUAUUAAUACAAUAUUUAAUUAAUAAAUGUUUCUUACCCUGAACAACAGUUUGCUUUUUUUGUUCUUAUAUCAAAAGUACGUUUUUAAUUUUGUCAAUGCUUUUAUUGUGAAAUGCAUCGUCACUCGCAUCGUCAUUACUUAUUUUCAACAGCAAAAGCCUGGAACUACUGAUGUCGUUAUUU